AUGGAACCGGAUAUUGAACCAUGGGACAGAUUUCGCGAUUGGCUUCAUUGUAUUUGUGUGGUGACGUUUGAUUUGGAGUUGGGACAAGCGUUGGAGGUGAUCUACCCGGGCGAUGCGAUCCUCUCAAACACUGAAAAAAUCAAUAUUUGCUAUUUGGCAUUCCCGGAUUCCAACUCAUCAAACGCCAGAGAUACCAAUUUUCAUUUCAGGAUACGCAGAGCGAUAAGUGAUGUGAGAGGAUGUCAGAAGUCAUUUGUCGACAAAUCUCCGUCGUCUCUCCCGUUUGACGCUCAUUAUCUAUAUGGAUUCGUUCAUUUUCGACAGUGUAAAGAUGCAACCAUUCAUCGUGGCUAUUAUCAGAAGAGUAUCGUGUUAAUGUCAGUCCUCCCCUUGUUCUCCCUGUUCUAUUCAGUCACCGCCCGUAUCGCAGAACACUUUUUCGAAAAUGGAGAGGCGGCGAUCGAAGCGGCUUGCCAUCACAUCGACACGUGGCAACAACCACAAGUCGGUCGAACUAUUGAAUUCCCUCUGCUGGGAACUUUGAUUAGUUGCCGAUUACCGGCGGCGUGUGAUCUACCGUAUGAAUUCCGGUUGGAUGGACAUGUUGAGCUGUCCGAUCACCGUGACGAGUCUCUCCGCCUAUUCCGUCCCGAUUUCACGACUCCAAUCGUGCAACACGUCCAUCAUCUGCAAUUAAUCUGGGAAUUAGUGCUCCUCGGUGAGCCACUUCUCAUCGUCGCCCCGAAUCCGUCCGUCACUUCAUCGUUAGUCCAAUCGAUAGUCGGAUUACUGUCUCCACUACGGAUUGUCAACGAUUUUCGUCCGUAUUUCACGAUUCACGACUCGGAAUUCAGGGAGUACUCGUCGAAGAGUCGCACGCCUCCCCGUGUAAUCCUCGGCGUGACGAAUCCAUUCUUCAUCAAAGCCCUCGACCACUGGCCCCACAUCCUAAAAGUAGCAGAACAAGGUGCCGAAAUAGGCGGAGACGAUAUGAAGAAGCCGAAGAAGACGUGGUCGGCGGCGUCGAGGACUCUAGACACCCCGCCGGGUCUCUAUACUCAAUACAAACCGUUCCUUUCGAAAGAUAAAUCUCUCGCCAAAAAAUUGCUGAAAUCUGGAAAUUCACUGGAGAUUCAACACAACAUUCUUCAACGUCAUUUCCUCGAAUUGACUCAAAGUUUUAUGAUUCCAAUGGAACGGUAUUUGAGCUCACUCAUGCCGCUCAAAAAGGAGAUGUCACCGUUUAGGGGUAUCCCGAGUACCCGCCCCUUCUCAAUGGACGACUUUUUGGCGUCUGUCGAGACGAAUGGCGGACCAUCACUCACGUGUGGAACGAAAGGAGAUUGGCAAGGUCUCUACCGUCGCUUCAUAACGUGUUCGAAUUUCGGCGGAUGGCUUUCGAUGCGAUCGCGUGACGUUAAUAACCAGUUGAAGUCUCACUACGUCGACGCUCUCUGUUCUGCUGAUUUUUGCCCUCAAACGCUCUCGACCAAACACAACGUGGAAAUUGUCGAUUUGGUACUUCGGAUACGCGAGAGAAUUCUGGAAAUCGCGUCGGAGACGGAGAUUCGCAGAAAUUUGGUCCGUCAAGUGGUGAAAAUCCUGUCAAACGUUGACGACGACCUGAAACAACUUCUCAUGUCAAAUUGCUCGCUUCGGGAGAUUUUGGCCUAA